GGAGCACAAAUUGAGGAGUCUGUUCGAUUUACAACCUUCCUACUCCCCUUCCCACCACCUUUUAGGAGUUUCUGACGUAACCUGAUUGGGUACGUCAUCGGUUUAUACACACCUGUUGCUAAUAAUCGAUCUGAUUACCCGGAUAUAGGCUAUGUGGACAAAAUCAUUCAAACAAGAAUGGUUGCAGAGACGGCGACGAAGUUUGACAACAACAUGAAGAGUGAAGUCACCGUCAAAAAUAUGAGACCGGAGAGCCCAGGAGGACUGUGGGACUCCCUGAAGAAAGCAGCCUUCGUCGUGGGUUCAGGUCUCUUCUUCCUCGCCGCGUUCGGGAACUCCCUGACAUGGCAUCUGCAGAGGUUCUGGGGCGCUUCCGGAGACUUCUGGCAGGACCUGUGGACAAAGCUGCAUCAGAGAUUCGAAGGACACGAAACAGCCCUCUUCUACCUGGGGACCAUGCUUGUUCCCAUGGUGGUGUUCUGGGGUUCCAAUCUGCUGUUCCUAUUGGUGGACAUCACGGGGAAACCCUCCUUCAUCACACGCUACAAGAUCCAGGUGGACAAGAACACUCCGGUGGACCCGGUGAAGCUACGUCAGGCCAUAAAGUCGGUUCUGUUCAACCAGAUCUUCAUCUCGGGCCCCAUGGUGGUGGGGGUCCACUACGUGCAAACCCGGCUGGGGGACCCCUUCGGGCCUGUCCUGCCCACCUUCCAGCGCGGGCUGAUGGAGGUGGCCAUCUGCGCCCUGGUGGAAGAGUUUCUGUUUUACUACUCCCACAGGCUGUUCCACCACCCAGCCCUCUACAAGCACUUCCACAAGCAGCACCAUGAGUGGACCGCUCCUAUCGGCGUCGUCUCCAUCUACGCACACCCUAUGGAACACGUGUUCUCCAACAUGAUGCCGGCGGUGGUGGGGUCCAUGCUCCUGGGCUCCCACAUCUCCACCACCACCCUGUGGUACUCGCUGGCCUUCCUCAGCACCAACAUCUCCCACAGCGGCUACCACCUCCCCCUGCUGCCUUCCCCCGAGUUCCACGACUUCCACCACCUCAAGUUCAAUCAGAACUUUGGCGUGCUGGGAGUUCUGGACCGUCUCCAUGGCACCGACAGCAAGUUCCGGAAGACCAAGCAGUGCGAACGCCACGUCCUGCUCCUGGGAACCACGCCCCUGAACGAGAGCAUCCCCGACACCCCGAAGAAGACCCAGUGACGACCCCUGACCCCCAGCCGGGCCACCUUGGCCUGACCAGGGGUACGGAGGCUGAGGAGCACCGUUAGAAUUCUUAACCAAACAAAAGUGUAAUUCUUGAUUUCUUGCUGUGGGGUCGUCUCUAAUAGAGCUUUGUGGGGAUGGGUGAAAGCACCUGCUUCUUCAUUUCGCUGUGGCCAAUCCCUGACAGGUCAGAUCAGUGAUUGCUCCUAGACAGAGGGGAGGGGAGAGAGUGAUGCCUUUCAGGUAGUCCUGAGGGUGAAGAGCUGUCUUCUCAAGCCAGGCUGAGAGUCCUCCCCUCAGCCGGCGGCCAUUUUUAAAAUUGUAUCUCUGAGCAGGAGUUCCCAGCCCCACCAACUGGAAAAGACUCCCUCUGAUGUUUUUACCUACGUUAGAAGAAAAAAAACUUUUCUUUUUGUUUUUAACAAUAGUUAAUUCCAGCGAUAGCACUUACUUACUUCCUAAUCCAGCACGGGGUGUUUUCACUGUGUGUCUGCUUCCAGCUCAGUGACAAGAAACAAACCUUAAAGAAACCUCUACUCUUUAGUUGAUUUGCUUGGUGGAAUACUGCACUUUUUAUUAUUAAUGGAACCUUUUGAAAACCUAAUGUAUUACUUUUUUAGAGGCCUUCUUAAUCCAUAACGAACACAAUGCAAUCGUCACCUUAUUAGACAGUUUGUCCAGAUGUAAUUUAAAUUGACAAUCAUGGACUAACUGUUGACUUUACCGUUUAAGCCUUUGAAGUCUUUGGCGCCUCUGAUUAGAGCUGUCGGAAGUACAUUUCUGUUUAAUAUUUAACUGUGUUGCAGAAAUAAAUGGCUUUUAAAUAAAAGUCUUCUUAUCGUCACUUUAUUUUGUGAACAAGUUCUUAGAAAUCCUUCAGCAAACUUUCUUACUUUUUGUAAGUAUGAUUAGAAGGCAGUGUUCUGUUGUAUAACUUCGCAAUAGCAGGAACAAAACGUACGUUGUCCUUUGGCAUUUAGUAGUGUCAUUGGAGCAAUUACACUGACUUAGUAACUUAGCAGGAACCCUCUGUGGCACAGAGGGGAGACAUCCCCUCUCCCAACUGUCCCACCAGGAACAAGUUGGGAAAGGGGAUCUGUGGAGUGCACUGCAGCCACAUACAUUUACCUUUUAUCAGUUUUAUUUAUAAGUCCAAGAGCAAAUACAUUUACAUGUAUUCAUUUAGGAGACGCUUUUAUCCAAAGCGACUUCCAAGAGAGAGCUUUACAAAGUGCAUAAGUCACUGAUGAUAACAAGAAGAUAGCCCCAUAGCAUUGCAGGUAGCCAAAACAAGAAGCACACAUUGUGAACAAAAUAUUGAGCUGCAAGAAGAUUCUUUGAUUUGAGCACAAGACCCCUCACACAGUAGCCCAUAUCCUUAACCACUGAGCUAUCAGGAAUCACAACAAUCGCCACUCAACAUUUACAUUUGACAUUGAACUAUCUAGUUGUAACAACCUGCAGAAUUGCAGUGUCAGAAAACCAGAACAAGCAGAGCUCCCAUUAGCUCACUGGGUUAGUGUGCAUGCUCUGAAACCUGAAACAGUAUAAGUCUGGGUUCAAAUACAGCUUUCACCCUUUUUUUUGUCUUCCUCCAUCUUCAUUCUUUUCCUGUCACACUUAAUUGUGACAACAAUUAACUGUCAAAUAAAGCAUGUCAAACAAAAUCCACAACUCAAUGAACUGAGGGAAAUAACCACACAACAACAAAUCUUUUAAGGUUUUUUUUGUCCGUUUUGUGAAUUUUUUUUCUUUAUUAAGGAAAAGCAUAAUUACUACAAAUUACAAAUAACACUAAUAGCGAAUCACAUCAGCCUACAAAGCAGAUAUUAUGAAUAUUAAAUGUUAUAAUACAUCUCAUUCAAGUAUUUUACAUUUUUCCAUUUUUAUAUAUUUUUUUGUUCCUUUUUCUUAAUUUUCAUCUUUUUUUUUCUCAUGACAAGCCUAGGGUAUUAUGAUGAUGAACUAUUAACAUUUUAAUGGUUCAUAAACAGCUAUUAUAUGGCUUUAUGGAUUUGUAUGUCCUUUUUUUCAGUCUCCAGAUACCAUAGCUGUUUAGAUCCUCUGAAUAUUGACAUCUGAAACCCCCAGUUUGUCCAACUUUCAUCUCUCUUCCCCCUCUUCCUCCUUCAGCAUCAGGCCCAGUCCACCAGGCCUACCGCCCCCUAGUGUUCAGUGGUGUCUCUGCAGCUCUACAGUGUCUGUAACUAGUUGGCUGGUGCCCCGACCUCGCCCCCUAGCGCUUUUCCAGGAUGAGUAGGGGGAGGAGGGGGGAGGGCAGAGAUGACAGUCACUGAGGAUGGGAGAGAGGAGAGGGGGGGGCGUACACAUAGCUGACUGGAAGAUACUUCUCCUCCCCCAACCCAACCCAGGACCAUAACCACAUAAAAUGUCUCAACGUUGAUUCACUAGCACGGGGGUAACAACUGAAGUGUGUUUUUGUUCUUUUUGCACCCCAAGUCUUUUAUUCCUUGAGAAAACAACUGAGGAAUUUUCAUCAUCAAAUCAUAGAAGCAUCUUCAAUUGCACCUGCAGAUCCCUCGAGUUGAGCCCAGAAGACAAAAAAAAAAAAAAAAAAAUCACUAAACUCCCGUUGUUUGUCCUCUUUGAACAACGAAAGACGAACCAGAACCAAAUGAUGAGAAAACAGUAGGACGAGACAACUGAAUAUUCUAACACGGGGUUGGGGGAAUCCAUCAGCCAAUCAGCAUUCUUCCCCUAUGGCAAGAAACAACAUCAGUGUUUCAACUUCAGUCUGGAAAGUCGCCAAUUAAGAUUUACUUAUUUUCUUUCAUAUAAAACAAUUUUUUGGAAAAAAGGACAAUUUUAGCACUAGAGUUCUUUUAACGUGUAUUAAAAUGUUUAAAGGGAGGUGGGGUUGUGUGACCAACCAUCAACCUAAUAUUUUGGCUCAUCAUACAAUUCGAAGACGGUUUCGACUGCGGUGGAGCGCGAGCCUCUAACGGGCGCUUCGCCUCGACGCUGCGCAAUCUGUAAACAAAAUUCACAAAGAAAACGAUAAAAAAUAAAACCCCACUAAUCAACAAGGAUUGCAAUGUUGUUUUGUAGGUGCAAUAAAUGACAGUUUACGCCCUCAAAUUGUUCCCCCCCCCCCUCUUCCCUUUACUGUAUACUACAGCUCUGGAGGUGAAACAAAAACCUGACCACUGCCUCUUUUUCAUUUAUAACAAAAAGUUGAAAAGGACCAUUUUGAGUGAGGAACAUAAGGGUACGAUUUGCAGUGGCAUUUAAAAUGUUUCCCCUCUGUUUCUCACUCAAAAUCGUCCUUCUCAACUUAUUUUUUUUAAUGAAAGAAGGCACUGUGGUCUCAGUUUUUCCACCAGAGAUGCGUGUUGCUGAAAGUCCCCAGCUGUUUGAACGAUACGCCAUGAAGAAACCCCCUGAAGCAAUGCUAGAAACACAGCAAAAACAAUUUAAAAA